GUAUUUGGAUGGCAUCUUUUGCACCAAAGGUUAACGAGGGACUGAGAGCAGCUUGCAAAAAGUGUGGAUAUGCUGGUCACCUGACUUUCCAGUGUCGUAACUUUGUUCAGGCCGACCCAAAUAAGGAGGUUUUAUUGGAUGUCAGCAGCACCAGCUCAGAUUCCAGUGAUGAGGAUUUUGUGUCCCCCCUCACACAGCUCAAAAAAGAAAAAUAUGAGAAAGAUGCAAAGAAAUCUUCAAAGAAAAAGAAAAAAGACAGGUCAAGGUCAAGGUCACCAGUGAAAAAGAAAAAGUCCAAAAAGCACAAGAAACAUAAGGCUGACACAGACAGUGAUUCUGAGAGUGAUUCACGAGAAUCAACACAUAGAACAAAGUCACACAAGUCCAAGAAAAAGUAUCGACACAGAGACAGCGAUUCUAGUGACAGGGAAUUGAUGAGUGAAAACAAAUCAAAAAAACACAGGCAUCGAGAUAGUGAUUCUAGUGACGAAGAGGUGAAACGCGAUCACAGAUCUAAGAAGAAGCACAAAAAGAUGUCAAAGAAGCACAGGGGACGACGAGAUUCAAGUGACGGUGAUUCUGAUUCUAGGAGAAGGCAGCACAAGAGAUAUGAAGAAUCCAAGUAUUUUGUCUCUUACAAAGAGAUGAUGUAAAAUUUAUUUUAGCUGAAUGACUGCCAAAUGUGUUUCAUAAUGUAAAGAUGAUUCUGAUAUAAAAUUUGAUAAAUUUGAUUUUUCUUCCCAUCAUUUGCAAUGUCAAGCUUCAAGACAAUAAACUGGAAACAUUCAUUUGUACAUGUUUAG